AUUAUUGGUGGUUCUGAUAAUUAAUUACUAAGGAUAGCUUUGAUUGUGAAGCAAUGCUUGAUUGAUUGCUUCAACUCUUUUGUACGUUUUGUGAUAUAUCCUUGUCAAUGUUUUAAUGGUGAUGAUGGAACCAGCUUCAAAUGAAAUGCUUUAUUGGAGCUCAGUGGCUAUACUAAUGGUCUCAGUGUUUACUACAGAAGAUUCAAUUAUUUUGAUUUUGUUUGUCUUCUAAGUGAAACAUUUGAACUAUUAUUCAAUCGUAUUCAGUUAUUACACUAUGGACCAUUGGACUCUUGCUUGUCAAAGAAAUGACUUUCAUUUAC